UCCGCUCGGUACCGGCCCCGCUCCGGGACCGCCCCGGCCCCGCCGCCCCCGUUCCAGGGGUGGCACCGCUGCCCGGGCGUCCCGGCGAGGGGUUGUGGGGGAGUUCUCCUCUCCCCCAGGAAGCACCAUGGGCCCCCCCGGACCCCUUCGCACCACCUAGACGUGUCUCCAGCCAGCACCACCACCCCACCCCAGGGCAGCAGGAUGGCCCAGCAACGCCACGCCGUCCCCCCGCCACUCAAGACGGAGGAGGAUUACAUCCCCUACCCCAGCGUGCACGAGGUGCUAGGCCGGGAGGGGCCGUUCCCCCUCAUCCUCCUGCCGCAAUUUGGGGGUUACUGGAUCGAGGGCACCAACCACCAGCUGAGCGGGACCCCUGACUCACCCCCCACCCCGGCCCCCGGCACCCGGGCAAAGCUGGAGGGCAACCACACGGCCAAGAUCUACCGCAAGCACUUCCUGGGCAAGGAGCACUUCAACUACUACUCCCUGGACCCGGCCCUGGGCCACCUCGUCUUCUCCCUCAAGUACGAUGAGCAGGAGCACCUCCACCUGCUGCUGCGCACCCGUGCCCGCACCCUGCACGAUGUGGUGCCCAUCUCCUGCCUGGCCGAGUUCCCCAAUGUGGUGCAGAUGGCCAAGCUGGUGUGUGAGGACGUCAACGUGGAUCGGUUCUACCCUGUGCUCUACCCCAAGGCCUCCCGCCUCAUCCUCGCCUUCGACGAGCACGUGCUCAGCAACCACUUCAAAUUUGGGGUCAUCUACCAAAAACUGGGGCAGACCUCAGAGGAGGAGCUUUUCGGCACCACGGAGGAGAGCCCAGCCUUCGCCGAAUUCCUCGACGUCCUGGGCCAGCGGGUGCAGCUGCGGGACUUCAAGGGGUUCCGGGGGGGGCUGGACGUGACCCACGGGCAGACGGGCAGCGAGUCCGUCUACUGCCACUUCCGCGACAAGGAGAUCAUGUUCCACGUGUCCACCAAACUGCCCUACACCGAGGGGGACGCCCAGCAGCUGCAGCGGAAGCGCCACAUCGGGAACGACAUCGUGGCCAUCGUCUUCCAGGACGAGAACACGCCCUUCGUGCCCGACAUGAUCGCCUCCAACUUCCUCCACGCCUUCGUGGUGGUGCAGCUGGAGCAGGGGGGCACCCAGGGCACCCUCUACAAGGUCUCGGUCACCGCCCGUGACGACGUGCCCUUCUUCGGCCCUCCGCUGCCCGACCCCGCCGUCUUCAGGAAGGGCCCUGAGUUCCAGGAGUUCCUGCUGACGAAGCUCAUCAACGCCGAGUACGCCUGUUACCGGGCCGAGAAGUUCGCCAAGCUGGAGGAGCGGACGCGGGCGGCGCUGCUGGAGACGCUGCACGAGGAGCUGCAGGCGCGCAGCCAGGCCAUGCUGGGGCUCGGCCCCGACGACGAGCGCCCCGACAACGGCGCGGCCGCCCCGGGCUUCUUCGAGUCCUUCAAGGUGGGGGCACGGGGGGUCACGCACUCCCCGGACCCCCGCACCCAGCACUGUGGGGGCCGUGCCCCUCCCUGGAGGGACGGCCCCGCCGCCCCCGAGGGCUCCGGCUCCACUCACAGCUCCCCCGAGAGCCGCCGGCACCACGACAGGUCCCCACCGGGACACGGGGGGCCCGGGGACGGGAGGGGUGGCACCGCGGUGGGAAGACGCGGGGGCUUGAGGGCACUGGGAUGA